GGAGCCCCGCCCCCUCGGAGCUGAUUCCCGGGACUGAGUUGUGCGGAGAAAGCACAGUUCACGGGAGUUCAGAUCUAAGCUGACUCCUGCUCCUGCUGGCUGGAACAUGGGAGAUUUGCAGGAAGAUGUGAAGUUUAUAGUGGAUGAGACCUUGGACUUUGGAGGGCUGUCACCAUCUGACAGUCGUGAGGAGGAAGACAUAGCAGUGUUGGUGACGUCAGAGAAACCCCUCCGACGCGGCCUCUCCCACCGAAGUGACCCAAAUGCGGUGGCCCCCACCCCCCAGGGUCUGAGGUUCAGCUUAGGCCGCCUCAGCCCAGAGAAGCUGGAGGAGAUUCUCGAUGAGGCCAACAGGCUGGCAGCGCAGCUGGAGCAGUGUGCCCUGCAGGAGCAGGAGAGUACAGGCGCGGGCUCCGGGCCUCGAAGGGUGAAGCCUAGCCCUCGGCGGGAGACCUUUGUGCUGAAGGACAGUCCUGUCCGAGACCUGCUGCCCACUGUGAGCUCUUUGGCUCGGAGCACCCCCUCCCCAAGCAGCCUACCACCCCGACUGCGGAGCAGCGAUAAGAAGGGGUCAGUCAGGGCUUUUCGGGCAACCUCUGGAAAGAGGCCCUCCAGCGUGAAGAGGGAGUCGCCCACUUGCAAUCUGUUCCCCACAUCCAAAAGCCCAGCAUCUUCUCCUCUUUCCCGAUCAACUCCUCCAAUCCGGGGGAAAGCUGGGCCCCAUGGGAGAGCAACAGCAAGCCCGCCUACCCCCGUGGUCAGACCAGUCUUGGCCCCACAGCCUUCUACCAGCAACUCUCAGCGCCCGUCUCGGCCACAGGGAGUAGCUGCUAAACCUUCCAGCCGACUGCCUGCUCCCUCGGCCAUCCCCAGGCCUGCCAGCCAGGUGCCACUCACCAGCCGGAGUAUACCACCCAGCAAAGGUGCCCUAGCUCCAGAUUCUCUGUCAACUCGGAAAGGACUUCCAAGACCAAGCACCACAGGGCACAGAGUUCCAGUUUCCCAGCGACCAAAUCUUUCUGUCACUGGUACCACUCGCAGUAAUCUGCAGCCCCCCAGGAAAGUUGCAGUUGCAGGACCUACCAGGUAAAUAGAUCAGGACAGCAAGCAAGAAUUCAGUAGCAGACCACUACAGUCACUGCCUGGACUCACUCUACUCGGCCUCCCAAGCCCUCUCAUUGGAGGCAGUUCCUCACUUCAGCAGAUUCUGGCCCAGGGGCAGGAGGAAGAGAUGCCCCCUGGGCUGGUGCCCCAGUAGUAGAGACCAUGAGAGACGGGGUGGAUUGGGGUUGAACUGGAGGGGGUUGAAAGAAGACCAGGGAAAAGAAGUUGCCUUCCAGCAAUGAAAUUCACAAACAGGAAAUAAGAAAUGCAGAAGAGUGGGUUGUCCUCAUCUACCCCCACUCUUAUGUUCAGCCCCCGAGUUUGAUCUUCUUCCCAGGCAGUGGUUCACUGGACAUUUACAUGUGAAUGACCUCUAGAUAACCUCCCUACUCUCCUCCUGAAUUACCUCCUCUACUGAACUCCAUCCAGCCUGUCUGGAAAGGCAGAGGCAGCCACGUGGCUUCCGAACUUUUUCCCUGUGAAUCCGGACUUUUAAACAGGCCAGUUUAUAAGCUUACUCUGUUGGCUUGCAUUUUUCUAAAAUAAAAUAAAUGUAUUUUUAUAUUCUCUGUAUAUGUGAAAGAGAAUCCUGCUCUAAUUUCUCACAAAUUGGGAAUAAAUACCUAUGUAAUUCCAAUGAGGGAGCCAGGAAGGGCUUCCCAGGCAAGGCCUAGAUAGGGCCACCUAAUCAAGCUGUGACGACCCCCCUUUUUGGCAUUAGAUCGGAACAGGCUGUCUUUUCCCAGGAUUUGUAUGUUAUUAAAAGGUCCAGAUCAAAUUAAGUAUAGCUUAAUUCACAAUAUGUGAGGCUAUUAAGCCAUGGUCUAUAUAUUAUUUAUAUGCUAAAGUUGGGUGUCCUUUCGUGACCAGAGAAUGGAUCCUCCUAGAACUCCUCAGCAUCUUGUCUGCUGUACUUAUGGGGUGAAGGGACCUUUUGUUGGGUCCUCUGGUAUUCAGCUUCGCUGGUUGCCUCAGGUAGAAGAUACCGGAAAACCUCUCACGUUCUACCUUUCUUCCCUGGCAUCGUUGGUGCUCUCCUCUUAUUUCCCCUAAUAGACUUGAGGGGCAGCCCCAGGAUUUAUGAUCCCCUGCAGUGUCUAGUGUUGUGAUUUGUAUGUGGCAGAGAAUUUCAUUCAUUUAUGGAAAAAAUAUUUGAGUGCAAGAUGAGUGUUUGUUGAAUAAACAACAAAGACUCAUUUAAGAGAUUGAACUAAGUAAGGGUCUCCCUUUUCCCACAGCCUUUGACUCUUGCAACCAGAACAAACUCAAUUCCUUGUGAGUUUUGAGAGAAUGUUACUCUUUGAAGGCCAGGCCAUGACUCAAGGAAGCCAGCCGGCAACUGGGCAAAGGGAGUAGAGUGCCAGCUGGUGCCACCCCCCACUCUUAUAUGCCCAUAAGCGCCCAACUUAGGCACUGAAAUGCCUCCCUCUGUUCCCGGGCCAGGGGCCUUUCACUGUUUUCUUCUCCUUUUUCUGGCUGAUCUUCAAGUUCAUUUCAUACAUUCACCUAUGUCACAGUGACAGCUGCCUACACAUUCACCUUUCUCUUCAGCCUCUUGCAGCAACUCCUGCAGCCUCUGGGAUUCCAAGCAUUGAGUUAGGGGAGAGGGUGUGGAGACACGUUGAGUAUUUGGCUCUGGAGCAAUUUGGUAGAGGCAAGAACACCUCAGGUGUGUUUCCCAGCUGCGUCCCACAC